AUGGCUAUCUCAUCCUCAAACCCGACGCGUUCGCCUUCAGCUGCGACCAGCCGAGCAGACAAGAACAAACAGCAAGCAAGGAUUGUGGUGCUCAAGUUGUCACCUCAACUUCUACAACGCUUCGAGCCAGCCCCCCCCUCAGCCAAGGAAGAAGACGAAUCAACACCAUCCUCGGCCUCCUCUCCAGCCCCUGCUGUUGAGGAUCUUUCGACAUUGAAGGUCCCCGAUAUCAAUGACAAUGCAUCCGAGUCCAACUCGACGCCUGCGCCCUCAAAUGGUGAUACCAACGCAUCGGAUCCGUCCAAGAAACGUAAAGGUCCUGCCCCGGGAUACAAGAGGAGUCUAGGACAAAUGAUAGAGUCGAGUGGGACACCAAAACCGCGUGGUAAACCCGGUCCAAAGAAGAAACCAAGACUAGAAGAUGGUACCAUCGAUCACAAUGCUACCAGAGUGUCAGCUGGUGCCGUGGUCGGUUUCACAGGCCACAAACUGGGCCCCAAAGCUAAUCAGGGGGCUAUUAAUGCCGGUCUAAGAGCACUCGAUCGUUCGGGUAAGCCUUGUCGCAAGUGGAACAAGAAACCAUUCCAACUCAAAAGCUUCACCGGAAUCGUCUGGGAUGUUCCAUCUUGGAGAGGCAAUGAGACGCUACACCUAACCAAUGUUGAAGAAUCAAGUGAUGCUCGGGAAAUCUCGCAACAGAGUAGCAGUGAUCUCAAGCCAAACGAGAGUGAUGUCGCCAUGAGCAAUGCCGGAGAUCAACCCGAUACCAUGCUUCUGUCUACUCCAGCAGCAAGCUCCCCGGUCCCAAUGCCUGAGCAGACGCCAAGUAUUACCGCCCGAGGCUGA